UAGGCUUCAUUACAUCGCGGACCAGCGGCCUGCUUGGAUCGCUCUUUUUUGCUUCUACUCUACUCUGCGUUACUCUCGUCCAGGUGUGACUACCUACCUAGUGACGAUCGCGAUCACGCGCGCACUUAAGUGAAUCAGUGUUCUACGCGUGAGGCGUAAGGCCAAGUUCAAGUUAAGCUGCUGCUGUUGGUGGACGCGGGCGAAAGGUUGAGCACAAUCAACAACUGGAUUUUCAAGUUCACACGCGAGCUGCAGUACAGUAUGUAAAGGUCGUGAACACCCAGGCCUCAGCUGGAAAAGGAAAGAAAACAAUAACAGUUUAAGUGUACGCGAAUCUUCCGUGACCGCGGGACAGUUGACGAAGUGCAGUGACUGGAGAAGAACGUUUCAGGAAGACCCAGAAGAGAUGUCGAUCAAGCGUAACGAGCAGGAUGUUCCGUACAUCGAGUUGGGGGAAGAGUUCAAGAUCUACGUGCAAGCAGAUGAGUACACCGACCCGAAGCUGUUGGCCAAAGCUGCGGCAGAGAUCAACGAAACGCCGGAAAGGGUCCAGGAAUCGCUGGCGGAACUCCGAGAACUCCUGAAACAAGAACCGGAUCUUCACAUCCCACUUGAAGACGACAAAUUUCUGCGGAAAUUUCUCCGUGCCUGCAAGUACGAUGUCCAGAAAACGUACCAGAUGAUUCAGUUCGCCUAUCGGAUGAAGAUCAACGGAAAGGAGUACUACGAAAAUACACCAAAUCCGUCCUCGAUCAGACACGUGUUCGACGAAGGAAUGAUCUGGUACAUGCCGGAAAGGGACGCCGACGGAGCGGCCGUGUGCGUCGUUGAGGUUGGAAAGAAGUGGAACACAUCAAAGGUAUCGAUCAUCGAGCUGAUCGCCGCCAUCCGGUUUUCGGUGGAGGCCGCCCUGCUCGACCCGGAGACCCAGCUGCACGGCAUGAAGGUCAUCUUCGACACCGAGGGCCUCUCGAUGGCGCAGAUCGCCCAGAACACGCCGAAGCACGCCUGCAUGAUCCUGGACUGGGCUCAGAAGGCGUGCCCGUUCCGGUUGCGGGGCGUCCACGUGGUCAACAACUCGAUGCUGUUCAACAUUCUGUUUGCUAUUUUUAAGCCGUUCAUCUCGAAGGAGCUGCGCGAUGUGAUCUUCUUCCACAACAAAGACUGGAAAUCGCUGGCCAAGCAUGUCAACCCCAGCUGCUUACGGCCCAAGUACGGUGGAUCACUCGCCGGGCCAGAGUACGAAGGUCGUCUGCUGGGAGAUUUUCUGCAACUUUACGACAAAUAUUUCGACAAGCGGAGCCUAAGCCCGAUACUUAUACCGAAUCUUAACCCCGCCGGUUGCUUAGUCCCGGUUAAGGUUCGGCGUCGUACAAGUCGUCUCUCUAUCGCUGCCAAGGUCAACCAAAUGUCGUUCGAAUUGGAUGUUGACCCUCCGAGCGCCGAGGUGCUCGAGGUUGCCCGCCAGGAACUCCGGGAAACUCCAGAGGUCAGAGCGGCUGCGAUUUUGGAGCUAAGGAAGCUGCUUCAAGCGGCCACGGAUUUGAGCUUCCCCGAUGACGAUGACUUCUUGGUGGCGUUUUUGAGACCCAGCCACUUCUACGUGGACAGUGCGCUCAAGUUGAUGAGGAAUCUGGCGGAGUUUUUGAAGACCCACAGCGACAUCAAGAAUGUGCUGCCGGUGGAUCUGAAGGAUGAGAUUUGCAACUACAACUUGGUGACGGUGCUGACCAACCGGGACCAGCGGGGUCGUCGAAUGGUUGUGGUGCACAUGGGUGAGAUUUGGGACCCUAAGGCGGUCAGUGAGGACAAGAUCUUCGCCAUUCUGUACACCAUCCAUAAGCUGGCGGUGAUGGAACAGACUACGCAGAUCAACGGUGCCGUUGUGCUGUACGACUUUGAGGGACUGGGCAUGAAACAGGUCAAGGGAAUGUCCCCAGGAGGUACGAAGCGGCUGUUGUCCUUCAUCCAGGAAGCGGCUCCGCUGCGAAUCAAGGGAGUUCACUUUGUGAAGGAACCGAUGCUGUUCAACAUGGUGUGGGCUUUGAUGAAACCGUUCGUUAAUGAUAAGCUCAAGAAGAGGAUGUACUUCCACGGCAGUGACAUGAAGAAGCUGCAUGCCCACGUGAACGCAGACUGCUUGCCGGCAAACUACGGCGGAACUCUGCCCGCGCUGAAUUACGGCUCCAAGGAUUGGUACCCGACGAUGGAAAAGCACAGUGAUUUCAUCAAGAAGUUCAACUCGGCCGGUUUCAAAUAAGAGCGUGCGCGUCUUAACGUACAAAUAGACUGAAAUAAAUUGUGUGUUUGACAAAACUAUUAAAAA